GGAAACUUCAUUUGGAACGUCACGGUGUAACGGACACUUGUGUACCGGAUUUCUAUCACGAUUCUGGGAAAAAAGCCAUUCUGAAGAAAAUAUAUUGUUUGCACUGUUUUCACUGGACAUCUAGCCUACCUCAACUCAGCUUGGAAGGACAUAAUACGUUUAUAAAGGCUCCCAACAGGUAGGCAUGAUGAUUAAGGUGCGCGCAGUUACAGUUAGUAGCCUAUAAAAAGUUUGUGUUUAACAACAAAUGGCUUAGGACUAACUCAAAUAUCCUAUAAUAAUAGAGAAUAAGUUCACAAAUGUAGUGAUUCAACAGUUUAGUACUGAUAGAUCACCGAGUUAUCAAUAUGGGUCGUAAUUUUGGAGAGAGCUGGAUUAUUGCAAUCAUAUUGUGUCAUAGAAGGACAUGGGUGCACCUCAAUAUCAGAGUCACCUCCUUUCCUAUGUCUUAUUUCUUAGGCCUCACUUUUAUGAAAGGAUUGGAUAUAAGUGAGUGCAUUUUAGCAGUCACUCCAGCUAAACAAUAUUGCUUAGCUCUGAAUUAGGAAAAUAUAAAUAACACCAACUGUUUUUGAACCUGUGUCUCUGAGUGACAGGAGAAACACUUUAUUAGGUUGGAAUGGUAUGCAGACUUUGCUUUUGAAUAGUUGGAUGCACCUUGAUGACAUUAUUUUCAUCUGCGUUCAUCCUGCACACACACCCUUCCUCCUAGUCACAUCAUGCUGUGGUAUUUUAUUUUCACAGGAUGUGAUUCACGGUUUCACACUCAUGCCAUAAUUAGGUAGGUGUGUUUGUAUGGAGUAACACUACAUACCAAAUCAUAACCCUCAGCAAUGUGUAGGCCUACCCAAGCUUUCACAAUCGCAUUGAACCAUGGUAAAGAUGACUUCACAACUGUUAAUGAAUAAGAGAAGCCUUUCCCUUGGACCUAGGACGACCGAGAGGUCAAGACACAAAGUGACCACUGGAAUUCCGUCUAGGGACAAGAUGUGCUUUUGAGUAGGAAUAAAGGAGCAAUUGUCUUAAAAAUGUACCACAGUACGAAGAAGAGAAGAAAUAAAACACAUCCAGGUUACGAGUAGGACAGAAUUCAGACUCUCAUAUCAUCAGUAAUUGCUAUAAUACAUAAAUGAAAACACCCAAAUCAGCUGUCCUUUUCCACACUGCCAAGUGUGAUACUCAGACAAUCACACAGAGAUUACAUCUCCUCCUGUAUCCAUGGUAACCAUAGCUGUCUGUCCAACUGACUGAGUGGGGUAAUUUAUGAACUUCUGCUCACCAGAAUAUCUGGGACUCCCAGUGUAGCCAUGUCUGUCUGUUUAAAUAUGAAGUUCUGUUGAGUUGGCAGUGGCACUUCAUUAAUGCCUUUUAUAUUAGACUGCCUGCUUCUGCUCCGUAUCCCUGUGCCAGCUGUUGCUCUAGCACCACAUCAGACUUCAGGGACGACUGCAUACAUAAAUAAUGAGUGCGAGGGAGUCUUCAACAGUCAUGAAAACAGGGUAGACAUCAUGAUAUCCAUUUAGUAUGCUGCUUACGUUCCCAUCAAAACUAUGUAAAAAAGCCUGGUUCAGAUACGUUUCUUCUACACAAUCUUAAUAUUUUGUGAAUUAAUGUGGUUUUUGAAGUGCCAGGUUUCUGUAUACCUAUUUGCAUAUGAGACUGGAAGUACAGUACCCUGUAAAGUGGCUAUAAUUUCUGUAUCAAAACACUUUCAACUUCAAGGGCAAUGAUUGGCUGUCUCGUUGGACCACAGAGGCUGGCUUUGCACUUCAGAUGUCUCUCUGAUCAAAGUUGUCAUAAAAUAAGCAAGAGUUGAGCGAGGGAGGGAGGAGAGAGCAACCAAGAGGGGAGAUUAUAAAAGCAUUACAUUGGAUUUCUUGAGUAGCACUAUAUGAAUGUAUUAUAGGUAGAAAUAGUGUAGCUCAGUUGGUAGAGCAUGGUGCUUGCAAUGCCAGGGUUGUGGGUUAGAUUCCCACGGGGGGCCAGUAUGAAAAUGUAUGCAGUCGCUCUGGAUAAGAGCGUCUGCUAAAUGACUAAAAUGUAAAUAAACCACAUCUGUUUAUUUGCAUAAAAGUGUAUACAUCAACGGUAUUGCCAUGGUCCCCUUGUUGUUCAUAGGAUGACUGAGGUGAUUAACACACGGGAACCUGUGAUAGAGGACUUCAGUGUAGCUGGAGCAGUGUCAGCGGAUCAGGGCAUAUCCUUUCAGGUGAGUCUACUGUUGCCUCAAUCCACCAGUCACUCAACCAAGAGAUUAAUUGACAUCCUACCAAUGAAACAAUUACAAAUGUGCCUUUCAUUUCGGAUCUUUCUUGUAAAAUGUUGUAUGAGCUCUCAUUGCAAGGAUCUCAAAUCCCUAUUAAAAAUAGUAAAACACCCUAAUAAAGAGUAAAUACACCAUACUGAGAUACAGCUUCUUCCCCCAAGCCAUAAGACUGCUGAUCAAUUAAUCAAAUGGCCAACCGGACUAUUUACAUUGACACCCUCCCCUUUGUUUUUACACUGCUGCUACUCGCUGUUUAUUAUCUAUGCAUAGUCACUUUACCCCUACCUAAAUGUACAAAUUACCUUGACUAACCUGGACCCCCACACAUUGACUCAGUACCGGUACCCACUGUAUAUAGCCUCAUUAUUGUUAUUUUAUUGUGUUUCUUUUUCUUUUUUAAAACUUUAGUUUAUUUAGUAAAUAUUUUCUUAACUCUAUUUUUCCAACUGCAUUGUUGGUUAAGGGCUUGUAAGUAAGCGUUUCAUGGUAUGUGGCAAAUAAAAUUUGAUUUGAUUUGAUGUGGUUGUCUCACCUAGCUAUCUUAAGAUGAAUAAGAAUAAGAGUGUCUGCUAAAUUACUAAAAUUUAAAAACAUGUAAUACUUCUUGUGUCCAGAUUUUCCCAGAUACCCAUGAGCGGAAUCCCAAGCUGUCCAAGAGACUUCCCUCUAUUGUGGUGGAGCCCUCUGAUGGGGGCAAUGUGGAGAGUGGGGAACUCCGCUGGCCCCCUAAGGAUCCCAACUCUGCAGAGGUCCCAGGUGGGAUGCAGCCCCACAAACACACCCCUCUUCAGACCACACAGGACCAGACAGCAGGUAGGAUGACCUGGCAUGAUAUUCUAUUGCCCCAAUUCAAAGUGUGUGUGUGUGUGUGUGUGUGUGUGUGUGUGUGUGUGUGUGUGUGUGUGUGUGUGUGUGAGAGACUUUUUCCCUAUCUGAGUGUGACACCUCUCUCCAUGCGUCUCCCAGAUGUAGAUCUGAAUCUCGGGGUGCAGGACAGCAAUGAAGUGGUGUCUGGGGCUGUAGUGGAGGAAUCUAACUGA